GGUGAAUUUUUGGACAUGAAAAAUCAGUCGUGCAAGCCAUGUGCGGAGGCCACAUAUUCCUUGGGGACUGGCAUCAGGUUCGACGAAUGGGACGAGCUGCCCCAUGGCUUUGCCAGCACAGCAGCCAACCUUGAAAUUGAUUACAGCUUCACAGAGCCCUUGGGAAACUGCAGCAUGUCUACGUGGGUUCCCAAGGGAGAUUACAUUGCCUCCAACACAGAUGAGUGCACAGCCACUCUGAUGUAUGCUGUUAAUCUCAAGCAAUCUGGCACUGUCUCCUUUGAGUACAUCUACACAGACAGCAGCAUCGUCUUUGAGUUCUUUGUUCAGAAUGACCAGUGCCAGCCGUCCGUGGAGGAGUCGCGGUGGAUGAGAACCUCAGACAGAGGGUGGGAGACACACAGUGUGGAGCUGAGUCGUGGCAACAAUGUCCUAUAUUGGAGGACAACGGCCUUCUCCGUAUGGUCCAAAACUCCCAAGCCAGUGUUGGUGAGGAACAUUGGCAUUACAGGAGUAGCCUACACAUCUGAGUGCUUUCCUUGUAAGGCUGGCACAUAUGCGCCCAAACCAGGAUCUUCUUUUUGCCAACAGUGCCCAGCAAACUUCUUCUCUAGCAAGGGAGCGACUUCUUGCCAGCCAUGUGAGGCAAACGCAUAUUCAGAACCGGGUUCUUCAUCGUGCAAGCCUCGCCCAGCCUGUACAGAUAAGGAUUAUUUUUAUACACAUACAGCCUGUGAUACGAAUAGUGAGACUCAGCUGAUGUAUAAAUGGGCCGAGCCAAAGAUCUGCACAGAGAAUCUCCCCAGUGCUGUAAAAUUGCCUCCAUCGGGCGUAAAAACCAUGUGCCCGCCUUGCAACCCGGGUUUUUUCAAGACAAACACCAGUUCCUGCGAACCCUGCCCAUAUGGCUCAUAUUCAAAUGGGUCUGGCUGCAUCAAUUGCCCUGUUGGGACUGAGCCAGCUGUAGGCUUUGAAUACAAAUGGUGGAACACUCUGCCAGCUAACAUGGAGACAACAGUCCUCAGUGGAAUUAGUUUUGAAUAUAAGGGAAUGGCAGGGUGGGAAGUGGCUGGUGACUACAUCUAUACAGCAGCCGGAGCCUCUGACAAUGACUUCAUGAUUUUGACACUGGUGAUCCCUGGAUUCAGUCCCCCACAGUCAGUGAUGGAGGACUCUGAAAAUAAGAAGAUAGCAACCAUAACUUUUGUCUUUGAAACCAUCUGCAGUGUGAAUUGUGAGCUUUAUUUCAUGGUGGGUGUGAAUUCCAGAACCAAUACACCUGUGGAGACCUGGGUUGGCUCUAAGGGAAAGCAGUCCUACACGUACGUCAUUGAUAAGAACGCCACCAUGAGCUUCACAUGGGCCUUCCAAAGGACAGCGUACCACGAGGCGGGAAGAAAAUACACAAAUGAUGUUGCCAGGAUCUAUUCUAUCAAUGUGACUAAUGUCAUCGAUGGUGUCGCUUCCUACUGCCGAGUGUGCGCUCUGGAAUCCUCUGGCUCUUCCUGCACUUCCUGCCCACAUGGUCACUACAUUGACAGAAGCUCUGGUGGCUGCCAGCCAUGUCCAGCAAAUACGUAUCUGAAAGCUCACCAGCCCUAUGGCAGCCAGGCUUGCAUCCCUUGUGGCCCUGGCACAAAAAGCAACAAGAUCCAUUCUCUCUGUUACAAUGACUGUCACCUCUCAGUCACUACACAAGGCAGGACUCUGGAGUACGACUUCUCUGCCCUGGCCAAUAGCACAUCUUUUUUAGGGGGACCGAGUUUUACCUCCAAAGGGCUGAAGUAUUUUCAUCAUUUCAACAUCAGCCUGUGUGGGAAUCAUGGAAGGAAAACUGCUGUCUGCACAGAUAAUGUCACGGACAUACAUAUCCUGGGCAAGGAGGCAGAGUUCUCCAAAGCAACCUCUUCUUAUGUGUGCCAGUCAGUCAUUGUCCCCUCUGAUGCGAUGGGGUUCAAAACAGUACUUUCUUCACAGCCCGUGAGCCUUGCAGAUCGAUUUAUAGGAGUAACAACAGAGCCCACGCUGGACAAUAUCACUUCUUUUGCUGACUAUUUCCCUGCAGAGAAUAUGGGCUUACCAGAUGUGAUAUUCUUUUAUAGAUCAAAUGAUGUGACCCAGACGUGCAGCGAUGGGAGGGCUACUGCUAUCAGAGUACGAUGUGAUCCCCUGAAGUCCCAGUCUGGAGCCCUUUCUGUGCCGAGCAAAUGCCCUGAAGGAACCUGUGAUGGAUGCACAUUCCAUUUCCUGUGGGAGACAGUGGAAGCUUGUCCCCUCUGUUCUGCAGAUGAUUACCAUGCUAUCAUCAGUGCUUGCAUUGGAGGCAUUCAGAGAACCACGUAUGUGUGGCGGGAGCCAAAGCUCUGUGCAGGAGGCAUCCCACUUCCAGAGCAAAAAGUCAGCAUCUGCAAAACCAUGGACUUCUGGCUAAAAGUGGGCAUCUCAGCUGGGACUUGUGCUGCUGUCCUGCUGACUGUCAUGACGUGCUACUUCUGGAAGAAAAACCAGAAGUUAGAGUAUAAAUAUUCCAAGCUGGUGAUGAAUGCCAGUGCCAAGGAAAGUGAGCUGCCAGCCGCUGACAGUUGUGCAAUCAUGGAGGGGGAGGAUGCAGAGGACGACCUGAUAUUCGCAAGCAAGAAUUCACUCUUUGGCAAAAUAAAGGCUUUCACCUCAAAGGCUUCUCUUAGGUACAAUCAGGCAUGGCAGGACUCUGUGUGUAGGGCUGUUCUCAAUAAACUAAGAGGAGGAGUCUUCCAGAGAACCUCUGAUGGUUUUGACUCCGUGCCACUGAAGACCUCCUCUGGCACUGCUGACAUGGAUCUUUAGGACUGGAUCACCCGCCUCCCACGCCUUUGCCGCAGGGAUGCUUUGGGAGUUCUUCUUGGUUAAUGCCUGCACUUUGAUGAACUUGCCAUGUGGCCUUAUUGGAUACUCUUUUAACUUCACAUCUUCUUGUACUUUUUUUAAAGCCGAAAAUUUUAAACAUUCCCUCCAAAAACAAAACUGUGCCAAAUACAAG